AUGCCGUUCCUCAAACAGCUUCGUCGCCGCUCCAAGGCCAGCUUUCAUGGGUCUGAUCCAAAAUCCCCAUCGACUAAGGUCGAAAUGGUCGCCGCCAAGUCGUCAUCCACCAUCGACACCUCCUCUCACAGCUCCAUUACCCCUCCUUCGUCUAUCAAACCAACCCUUUCAUCCCCCAAUCUUCCUUCGCUGUCCGAAAGCAAUGAUUCUACCACGCCUAUUCCUCCGCCCCCACAACGCCCGGGGCCUCUCGUGACCAAUUCGCAGCGCAACAGUGUGAUGGGCAGCUCCGCAUCAAUCAAUGGUCUCUAUCGAACCCCAACUCCCAGUUCGCCAUAUGCACCACGAAUCGUAUCGGUCGCUGACAAUUCAUGGGUGCAUCAAAAAGUUCUUCUCAUCUAUGGUCAGAUUGGAGACCCCAGAAACCAUCCGCUGGACGGCAAUGUCACUGUUUUCCACCACCAAGAUAACUUUCCGUCGAUGGGCUGGCCUGUCACGGCCUCGCAUUUCAAAGUCCUCGUUCACCUCUCCCCAGGUCCCAACCGACUUCGCUUCGACUUCAUUUCACCCAAGCUUUCGGCCGGCACUUCCCCAUCAGUCCACUCAGCGUGGAUCUGCAUCAACUAUCUACCCUUAGUCAACUCUCCCCCCUUACAAUUGGUGAUUCUCCUUGGCAAGGAUUCUGAUGGCACGUUUGAUGCUGUGCCGGAAAGAGUCGAGCGUGAAGGCAAUGGGCUAGACGUUGCGAUUCGGAAAUAUAAGACAGCUGCAUACCUUUGGCAGGCUUUUACUGGCGAGCAAAUGUUCCGCAACAGCCUCGGGCGACGAUGCUUCCGCUACGAAGAAGAAUGGCAACCCGGUACUCUGAGCCGCCGCGAUGUAGCGACCGGGCAGAUGCGCAACGAGGCAAAAAUUCACAUUGUCCGAUCAGACAAAACUGUGGCAGAACUUCGAGAUCUAAACCUUGCCCAGAAAAACAGCAGUGCUGCGAACAAGGACGAACUUUUCAACAUCGCCAAGGAGGCUGUCAGGAACCAUUUCAAUGUCCUGCCUGGGCAAAAACAAUACGUCUCCGUCCUCUUGCUGGAUUCUCACUGGGACACAGACGCACAAACCAUUACCGGCCACGCAGCACUGGGCUCCGCCGGUGACGAUAUCAAGAUGGCAAUUUUCGGAUCUCAUAGUUUACAGACCUAUCCCUCAUCCCUUGAGGAAGUCGUCGACGCGUUCUCGGAUUGCACGCGGACAGACACCAACUACGUUGCCAACGACUGUGGGGAAGCUGGCUCAAACUGGGAGUCAGCUAAUAUUGGAAUUGGCGCUCACCUACACGAGAUUGGGCAUUUGUUUGGCUGCCCGCACCAAGAAUCAGGUAUUAUGCUGCGCGACUAUGUGCACUUCAACCGUUCGUUCUUGACCAAGGAGCCUUUUUGCACUCGAACCAAGACUCAGGGUUUGAAGAUAUGUUUGCCGAAUGACGAGUGCACCUGGCACCGACUAGAUGCUCUUCGUUUCCGCUUCCACCCUUGUUUCCGCCUUCCAGCAGAUGCUCCUGUUCCGUCAGACGACAGUGUUCAGGUGUGGCCUGUGGAAAACGGCAAAAUCCUCUUUACUGCCUCCUCGGGAGUCUCUUUCAUGGAGAUAUAUAAGGACGACGACGAAUUCUGCCAAACCUUCAUCGAAUUUUUGAACACUGAAUCGAGCGGUAAUGGCCUUCCAAAGCAAGUGACAAUCACCGAAAGUGAGCUUCGUCAAAGGGCGUUUGGGACUGAGAAGGAGAAGAAGGAGAAGAAGAAGAAACUUCGGCUAGCGGUCUUUUCUGGUGCGGGAGGAAGCUACAACAUCGCGGACAUCGGCAUGUUGAAGUCGAAGAAUUCCUUGGUCAAGCUCCCGAAAGGCCAGUCCGGCUACAAGAGUGGGCUGCUUGGACAAUCCAAUAUGCCAGGAAGCGAGCCCCAGCAGCUGAUUCUCGAUUGCGCCUCUGUUCAGACCAAGCUUUUAACAUCUAUCAAAGUUUAUCACGGCAUGGCGUUAGAUGGAAUCGAGUUUUGCUAUGAGGAUUUGACCAGCCAACUCUUUGGAAAGCGCGGUGGAAAGCCUGGGGGUGAUGAGUUCGUGUUGGAUAUCCGGCGCGGUGAAAUCUUGCUAGGGUUCUACGUCAGAGCUGGACUCUGGAUCGAGGGGCUCGAAAUCUUGACGAGCAUGGGGAGAAAAUCUGGUAUUUAUGGCAAUGCCACGGGUGGAUCGGGCCACACUUUGAUUCCACCCCUGGGAUACAAGAUUGCCGGCAUCGCAGGGUCAUCCGCAGAAUGGGUUGAUGGGUUCUCACUCAUCGUUCAACAUUGA